CCUUCCUGCCCCCUACAUUUGCCUCCUCGCAAGGUACCCAUGUUUUCGACGCAGCCCCACUGUUGCUCGCGAUCGCUCCACACCGGCGCCCACUGCGCGGAGCCCGACGCGACGGACCCGACGAGCGCUUGCGCCGACGGCCGGCCCUACUUCAUCGUGAGCCCGCCGGCCGCGGCCGCCACGAUUCCCGGCUUCCGGGCUCAAGAUCUCCCGGACGCCCCGGCCGCCACGGCUUCCCAGGAGGACAACCCCCCGCCAUUGGCCAUGCGUUCGCCCGGGCAGCUGGGCAUGCUGGACUUCCUCACCUACAAGGUGUCGCUCUCCUGGAACCACUUGCUGGUGGAUGUGCUUGGCUCGCCGCUCGGGCUGUCCUGGUUCGACCAGGUGUACGAGGGCCUGCUACUCGGGGCCCUGCCCUCAUCGGAGAUCAUCUCGGCCCUGGCCCAGUCGGGCUCCGACCAGCGCCUCUCGGCCGUCGUCAACAUGUGCUCCGAGUUCAACCUCAACUCCGAGCUCUACGACAAGCUGGACCUGCCGCAGCUCCGCCUACCGACGCUGGACUUUUCCGUCCCCUCGAUCCCGGCCCUAUGCGCCGGGGUGGCCUUCCUCUCGCGCUGGCUCACGCCGUCCGAGGAUAACCCCCGGCCGACGGUCUAUGUCCACUGCAAGGCCGGUCGCGGGAGAUCCGCCGCCCUGGUGGUUCUGUAUGUGGCGUGGCGACUGUUCCUGGAGCACAACCGGGCCAUCCUCCCGGAGCCGGUCCAGGUCGGCAUCCCCUCGCCAGCUCCGGCCGCCGGUGCCGGGUCCCCCGCCCCGAACUCCGAGGCCGCCACCACCCCUGAUACGGCCAUCGCCCCGGACACGGCCAGUGCCCCGGCGGUCGCCACGGGCGUCGACGAGCCCACCGACGACGAGGAUGUCCACAACACCGGGCAGGGCUCGCAGGCAACCGCCGCCGACCACAUGCCGGCAGCCAUCCCGAGCACGGGGACACCCGCCGGGGAUGCGGUCGCUGCCGGGCCUGACAGCACGCACGGGACGUCCGAGCUCCAGGCCCCCCCCGCCGGGCACUCCGACACCGGGACCGAUGAUCUGAUCAUCCGCGCGUGCAGCCACUUCCUGGAGGCAGCCCUGGAGAUGGUUCUCGAGAAGCGCAAGCAGAUCAAUGUGGAUCUCGCCACCAGGCAUGAGAUCCGCUCGGCCAUGUACUCCCUGGUGCGGCACUUGUGCACCGAGCACGGGCUCGAUGCCCGCCUCAUCGCCCCCCGGCCGCGGGAGGAACCGGCCGUCCCCGCCGCGGCCGCCGACUAGCUCUCCUGAGCCGCGUGGCCAAUCGCUGCUGACAGCGGCCGCCCCGCUGCCCCUCCCCCCCCCUCUUCUCCGGCCGAAGGGCGGGUUGUUGUUGUUGCAGCUCUGCCAGGGCCCUCCUCAGGUCCGGGUAGCACAUCCCCCCCCCC